AUGCAUCUAUUGGUUUAUUUUAUUAUAAUGGCAACAGUGAUAUGCGACGACUUCCAAUAUGAUGAGGACGAGGAUGACUUCUAUGACAGUGAUGAGGAUCCUGUAACGAGCACGAUAUCUGAAGGUCUGACUAAAGCGAAGAGCUACAAUGACGAUGACCUCCGGACUCUGAAUCCUCGGGAAGUGCGGGAUGUCAAAGACGCCCUGAAACAGAUAUUUUCGAAGAGGAACAUUGAUCCGGAGCAAAUUAAGGAGAUAAACAAUUAUUACGACAUCGAGACCACUGUUACAGUGGAAUUUGAUACGGGACAGGUAUACAGAGACUUUGUUGCCGGACCCUACAUCAGAAACAGAAUCGAAGAUCAAAUAACGGAAAGCUACAGACCGACCCGUUCUCCGGCGACCACUGUGCCGAGUGCUUAUGAUGACCCGGAUCCUCAGCUGUACUUUCGACAGGCAAACGUAACUACUAGUCAAGCUCCGUCUUUAAAACCCACCGUAACCACUGCAUCCACGACAACCACGACAACCACAAGCGCCGCUGCGACAACUGCUUCAGAAGUAGCAGCUAAAGCGGAGACAACACCUAAACAAGAAACGACCACUAAAUCGACUAAAGAAACGGCUGCAACGUCGAAAGAAGAUACAGCCUCUAAGGCAGUCACAACCUCCAAAGCGGACACAACCUCUAAAGCGGAUACCAUCUCUGAAGCCGCUACAACCACCAAAUCGGAAACAGUCUCCAAGACGAAUACGACAUCCACAUUGGAAGUAGCAACAAAAUCGAACAAAACAUCAGAAAUUACUACAGCUUCAUCAGGCGGAAACAGUUCCGCAAUCGGAAAAGAAACGAAUAUCACCACAACAACUACUACUACGACUACUACUACUACCGUCCGUAGAACCAGAAAAAGCACUUUACCCAAAUUUGAUAUCGAAGCGCUUUUAGACAUAGUCUCAAAUUUGACCUUCGAUUACGACACGAACCUAACUUUGGUCUUAAAUGAGACACUGCAGAAGUAUUCCAUACCGACUUGUGGGACGCCGACCACGACCGUGGUGACCACCGUGGAGACGACCACCGAGGAUCGCAAAUACGCACCAGUUGUGGCCAAGUGCUUCGUUUGUGGCCUGGAAGCCGCAGGGAUUCCGCGGAACUCUUAUUGCGCUGAUGCGUUUGCCACAGACUUCCUCCCGCUAGUACCUAUAGACUCGAAGGCCAAAGGUCAGAUAGCAAGGUUCCGGAAAUAUUGCAAAUACGAAGAUUCCAACAAUUAUCGCAUUAACACAUCGGAUCCCCGCGGGAUCCUGGGUAGGUGGACAGGAGGCUGCGCAGUCCGGUGGAUAGACCUCAGUGGCGUGUAUACGCAGCGCACUUGCAGGAGUAAAUACCAGCCAACAACUGGUCUGCAUUUUGCCAGCAAGAGGAUGGCCAAAUUGGAGCUCGCCCUGUCUAACGUGGACAACGGCUGCAUCAUCAGUCCCAUGGCGUCUUUAGUGCCGCUGUCGCGUGGUAUAUCUUUGUAUGCGCGCUUCCACGCGUGCGUCUGCUCGGGGAGUUGGUGCAAUCGAGCCGUUUCCGGCACGCAAUGGACGAUUUACAAUUGUUUUGUGCCUAUUAUCGUUUCUUUUGUUAGCGCGUGA